GUAGAUAUAAAGUAAGAGGGUUUUAUCAUUACAAACUACAGAGAGAGGGGUUAUGGCAUGUCAUGCCUUCCCUCUGCAAUUAAGGAGCACAAUACAUAGCUCUCUUCCAUUCCACCACCAUUCCUCAAAGCCACUUCCAUUACUACAGGCACGUAAUUUUGCUAUAGGCUCGUCACCAGAAAGACUCAAGUUUCGAAUUCACAAUGAUGCUAUCAUUAGAACCAGAAUUAACAGAUUCAUGGCCACAAAAGUGGAAGGAAAGUUAUGUGUUCACAAUGAAGAAAUGGAAGUUAAACGGUGUAUUGAUGCAGAAGAAGGUGAAAAUGGAGGGAGGAUUGAGGGUGGGCGGCUUGAAUCCUCACAAACUGAAGGUAAUAUGGAUACCCACAAGGGGGAAUUGAUAAUUGAAGAAAAUAAUGAGAAAAUUGAGCUUACACCUUCAUAUUUUGAAGAAAGAAUGGGAACCCAAAAGGAAACCGUGAAGAUUCUUGGCUGUUCCAAUGACCAAAAUACUAAAAAUAUAGGAAAAACCAAUCUUUGCAGGGUUGGACCAUCACUAAUGGGAGAAAAGAUGAGAAUCCACAUUGAGAACAUGGAACUUCAAGCUUUUCUAAAUGAAAAAAGCGCUGAAAAUAAUGGAAAUAUCCAGAAGAUGAAGAUUAGCCCUUCGUUCAAAAUGGAGGAGAACACAUCAACGAACAAUUUGGAAUUCAAAAGCAGAGGAGCUUUUAGAGAGAAAAAUGACGGUCCUGAAAGAGACCCAAGUCUUUACAUUGAGCUUUUACGCCAGUGUGCGAGCAGGGGAAUGCUUAUGGAAGGAAAGGGAUAUCAUGGGUGCUUGAUAAAAACUUUUUUGGGCUUAGAAAAUAUUUUGUUAUUUAAUUUCCUGGCGCAUAUGUAUGCCAAAUGUGGAAGUUUAGAAGAUGCUCACCGGAUAUUUGAUGAAAUUCCUGAGUAUAAUGUGUUCUCUUGGACUGUUAUGAUUGUUGGUUACACCCAAAAUGGGUUCCCUGAGGAAGGGUUUAACUAUUUUGUUGAGAUGGAGGCAGCUGGAAUUCAACCUGAUAAAUAUGCAUUUUCAGCAGCUCUUCAGUCCUGUGUAGCCUUAGGAGCUCUUGAUAAUGGUAAAAUGGUCCAUGCCCAGAUUAUUAAAAGUCGUAAUUCUAUCCAUGCAUAUGUGUGCACUUCUCUUAUGAAUAUGUAUGCGAGGUGUGAUGUAAUCGAGGAUUCAUCAAGAGUCUUUGAGACAAUGGCUGAUCCCAAUCAAGUCUCUUGGAAUGCUAUGAUAUCGGCAUAUACUCAGAGGGAUUAUCAUAAAGAAGGUUUGGAAUUGUAUUCAAAGAUGGUCAAGCAAGGUGUCAAACCAAAUUUGUACACCUUUGCCUGUGUCUUGAAAGCUUGUGGAAAGCUAGGUGCUCUUGCAGAGGGCAAAAAUGUCCAUAAGUAUGCAAAGGAGCUCGAUUUGGAGUCUAAUAGUGUUGUUGGGACUGCUCUUAUUGAUAUGUAUGCAAAGUGUGACUGCUUAUCUGAUGCAAGAAUGGUCUUCGAUAAGCUUGCAGAUAAUGGUGAUAAUGUACCAUGGAAUGCCAUGAUCUCCGGUUAUGCUCAAAGUGGGUUUACUUCUCAGGCAGUUGAUCUCAUUAUUCAAAUGCUAAUGAGAAGCAUAAGGAUUGAUUCUUUUACAUAUGGUAGCAUCCUUAAUGCUUGUGCAGCUACAAAACAUUUGGGACUAGGAGAGGGGAUACAUGGCAUUAUUAUCAAAACAUGUGACUACUUGAAUGAUUUAGCUGUGACUCAUGCUCUAGCUGACAUGUAUGCUAAAUGCGGGUGCUUGGAAGAGGCGGUCAUGGUUUUUGAAGAGAUACCUGAGAAAGAUGUCAUUUCAUGGACUACUAUGAUUACUGCAUAUGCUCAAAAUUGGCAAGGGGACAAAGCAAUGGAAAUGUUUUCAAAGAUGAGAAUGGAAAAUUUAAGCCCCAAUCAGUUCACUUUCUCCAGUGUCCUUAUGGGGUGUUCUGGCCUUUCUUUAUUAGAGUAUGGUGAACAAAUCCAUGGACUUGUUUAUAAAUUGGGAUUCAAUGAGUAUGCAUGUGUUGGGAGUUCUUUGAUAGACAUGUAUGCAAAAUGUGGGUGUGUAUUGGGUGCUCGUAAGGUUUUUAAGAGAGUAUCGGACCCUGAUGUCGUGUCUUGGACAUCCAUUAUUUCAGCCUAUGCCCAGCAUGGUCUUGCAAAUGAGGCACUUCAACUCUUUGAUGAGAUGGAACUCACCAGUAUCAAGCCAAAUGGCGUCACCUUUCUCUGUGUUCUAUUUGCUUGUAGUCAUGGGGGGUUGACGGAUAAGGGCCUUUACUAUUUUCAGUUAAUGAGAGAAACAUAUGGAAUUAUUGCUGAAAAGGAGCACUAUGCAUGCAUUGUGGAUCUUUUAGGACGUUCAGGACGCCUUGAUGAUGCACUUGAGUUCAUUAAAAAUUUGCCUGUUGUUCCAAGUCCCUUGGUUUGGCAAACACUGUUAGGUGCUUGUAGAGUCCACGGCAAUGCUGAGUUGGGCAAGCUUGCAGCAGGGCAUGUCCUCUCUUUUGAACCAGAAGAUUCGGCAGCUUAUGUGCUUCUUUCGAACACAUAUACAUCAUUGGGAAGUUUGGAGAUUGGGAUUAGUGUGAGAAGCCUGAUGAGAGAGAGAGGUGUCAAGAAAGAGCCUGGCAUCAGUUGGAUUGUGGUUGGAGGAAGGGUUCAUAAGUUCUAUGUGAGGGAUGGGAGACACCCUAGAAGAGACGAAAUUUAUGCCAAAUUGGGAGACUUACUAGACAAAGUUAAAACAGCGCGAUAUGUACCUGAUCUAACAUUUGUAUGACAUGAUUUUGGGGGGGUGACUAAUGAAGGUGGUGGUCUUUUUGAUAUUUAGCUGGAGAGCUUGAUCUUUAUUUUAGUUGACCUUUCCUGAUGUUUUAAGAUAUUAGCUGUGAAGUGAUGGUGGGAAGGGAGUUGAACCUUGCCUCGGAGAUAUGCAACUUCAUCUUUUUGAAGCAUUUGCAUUGGCCCAUCAUUUGAGCACAAAUAACAGCACAAAUAAAUCAAUAUUUUGGCUUCUUUGUGCUCAAGAUAAAGUUGGCAUCAACAUAGAGAUAUCUAUUUUGGAAGCAUCGGUGUUCAUCUACGGCUGCAACAAGUGAAUU